AUGUCGAAAACAGUUGUUGUUCAGUCACCAGCGGAAUUCAGCAAUCUACUGAAGACCUCUAAGAUUGUUGUGACAGAUUUUUACGCGGACUGGUGCGGACCAUGUAAGGCUAUUGCGCCUAUGUACGAGCAGCUUUCUGCGCAGCUAUCACGUCCAAACAAGAUUACAUUCACAAAGGUCAAUGUUGACAACCAGACCGAGAUUGCAUCCACCUAUGGUAUCACUGCUAUGCCAACAUUCAUGAUCUUCAAGGGAGGCAAGCAAGUCGAGAAAGUGCAAGGUGCCGAUCCAAAGAAGCUACAAGAUAUUGUAAGGAAGUUGGCUGCAGAGGCAGAUGAUUCAGGAGAUUCUUCGUCUGGAUUCGCAAGUGGAUCUGGUUCUGGCGAUUGGCGCGCAGGAGCUCUUCCAAGAGGCUACAACGAUGUGACAGACCAGGUUGAUAUCAAAGGUCUAGAGUUGUUGAACGCCGACAGUGAAUUCGGAACUGUGCGAACAUUAGUUGAUACAAGCAAACCAAGUGCCUUGUCAAAUGGAAAGGCGGCAGAUUCGAAGGCUAAGGACUGGGUUGUCAGUGAUACGGAUGAGCAGCUCAUGUUGUUUAUGCCGUUUCAAUCUAUGUUGAAAGUUCAUAGUGUUCAGAUCACAUCUCUGCCUUCAGCAUCUGAUAACGAGGAUGAUGAUGAUGAAGAGCCAAUGCGACCAAAAACUAUCAAGAUCUACACAAACCGAGCUCACACUGUUGGUUUUGACGAGGCUGAAGGUCUUCCUGAGACACAAACCAUCACUCUGGAAGCCAAGGACUGGGAUUCAACAGGCACUGCUACAUUAUCACUCCGCUUUGUGAAGUUCCAGAAUGUUACUAGCUUGGUAUUCUUCAUUGUGGAUGGUGAUGGAGACAGUGAGAAGGUACGCAUUGAUCGGAUUAGAAUUAUUGGGGAAACUGGUGAAAAGCGCGACCAAGGAAAGCUGGAGAAGAUUGACCAUGACCAUUAA